AUUUCGUCACAUUUACGUUAUGAGCCGUAGGAAUAACAACAACCAAACUGUUUACUUUGAAUAGACACGAAAUCGGAAGAAAUGUCAGUUUUAAGCAAUAUUAUUGAUGGUCAGCGGAUGAGAAUAAUAAGAAAUGAGUUUGCUAGAUUAGGAGAGAAAUGCUAUUUAGACAAUGCAGGAACAGCACUAUAUCCAGAAUCACUAUUAAAAAUAGUUAAUGAUGAUCUACUUAAAAAUGUAUACAUGAAUCCUCACUCAGAUAAGUACACAAGAGACUGCGUAGAACAAAUUAGAUGUACAAUUCUAAACCAUUUCAACUCAGACACAUCUACCUAUAGUGUAAUAUUCACAUCUGGGACCACUCAAUCUCUAAAACUUGUAUUAGAAUCAUUUCAGUUUCAAAAUAAUAAUGAAGAAAAUGGAUCUUUGAUUUAUCUUAGAGAUAAUCACACAUCAGUUAUUGGUCUUAGAGAAUUAGUUGAAAAAAAACAUGUUGAUGUAGUUCACAUAUCUCAUAGUGAAUUUUUGACAUCAUUAAAAAAAUCACAAGUAUCAGACCAAGGCUGUCAGGAAAGAAAUGAACUCAAAAGCAACACAUUACUUGUAUAUCCUAUGCAAAGUAAUUUUAAUGGCUUUAAGUAUCCUGUAAAUUCUUUAAAUAGUAUAAAAAAUGGCUGCUUAAGUGGUUAUUUAAAAAAACAACUAUGUGAAGUUAAUUGUAAUUGGUACACUUUACUGGAUGCCGCAUCUUUUGUCGCAACAAGUAAACUUGAUUUAUCUAUUACGCAACCCGAUUUUGUGUGUUUAUCUUUCUAUAAAAUAUUUGGAUUUCCGACUGGAUUAGGAGCACUGCUGGUAAAAAAUAGCAGUGCCAAUAUACUUAGUCAGAAAAGGUACUUUGGUGGAGGAACUGUGGAUAUUGCACUUAGCAGUGAAGAUUUUCAUAUAAAACGAUCAACUCUUCAUGAAAGGUUUGAAGAUGGAACUCUUCCAUUUUUGUCCAUCAUUGCUUUGAAACAUUGUUAUGAUACACUUUCUCACCUGAUACCUAAAACUAUAAAUGAUAAUAUUAUGGAAACAAUAUCAUAUCAUACAUAUUAUUUAGCUAAGGAUUUAUAUGAACAGUUGAAGGAUCUCAAGCAUGCAAAUGGUGCUAAAGCAGCUAUAUUAUAUAUGGACACAGAUUUUACAGACAUAAAAACACAGGGAGGAAUAGUUACAUUUAAUUUAUUGAGGCAAGACGGUUCUUAUAUUGGAUACGCUGAGUUUCAGCACAUGGCAGACUUAUUUGAUAUCAGCAUAAGAACAGGAUGCUUUUGUAAUUCAGGAUCAUGUCAAAGACAUUUGAAUAUAUCUAAUAAGGAAAUGAAAGCUAUGUAUAAAGCUGGACAUAAAUGUGGAGAUGAAAUAGACUUGAUAGAUGGAAAACCAACAGGAGCUGUAAGAGUUUCAUUUGGCUACCACAAUACAUUUGAAGACGUAGAUAAGUUAAUACUAAUGAUAAAUAAAUGUUUAUUUAAAAGUAUCCAUAUCCACAAACCUGAACGCACAAUGAUAAAUUUCAAUAACAAUAAUAAGCAAACAAUAAAUUUAACCUCAAAAGAACCAAAAUCCGUAAUUAUAAAUGUCAAAAAAUUCAUCAGUGGGUAUGGGCUACCAGAAUCAGCAUGUAAUCAAAAUUCAAAGAUGAUAUUGUCUGAAAUUGCAAUAUUUCCUAUUAAAUCCUGUGGUGCUUUUAAAAUAAAAACAGGAUGGAAGAUAGGGAGAAAAGGAUUCGAAUAUGAUAGAGAGUGGAUGAUUAUUAAGGAUAAUGGUGUUUGUCUUACUCAAAAGCAAAACACAUUGAUGUGUAAAAUACAACCAUUUGUUGACUUGGAGAAGAAAUGUCUUACACUGUGCUUUAGUGGACAACAGCCCAUAUCAGUACCUCUGGAUCCCACAAAUAACAACCGAUCUAUAGAGACACAAAUUUGUCAAAGUAAAGUUUGUACAGAUGUUGUAAAAGGCUAUGAUUGCGGUGACGAAGUUGCUGAUUGGAUAUCAAAUGCUUUAGGCAUUUCCUAUUUGAGAUUAAUAAAACAAUCUUCAGAAAGGCUUCAAAAACAAAAAAUUGAUGGAGAACAAAGAAUGUUAUCAUUAUGUAACCAAGCUCAAUAUCUUUUAGUAAACAAAGCAACAGUUAGAUGGUUGAAAAGCAAAAUAACAGACAUAUCAUUUACUGAUGACAUUGAUUCAUUAGUUGAUAGAUUUAGAGGAAAUUUAAUUAUUGAUACAUCUCAAGAACUUAUAGAAAGAGACUGGCAAAAAGUAGUAAUCGGGAAACAUGAGUUUAAGGUAGAGGGGCAGUGUUCACGUUGCCAAAUGGUGUGCAUUGAUCAAAAAACUGGUGAGAAAACUGUAGAACCCUUGAGGACUAUAUCUCAAGAGUUUGGUGGAAAACUUCGUUUUGGCAUUUAUUUAAGCUAUAUUGGACCUAUAAAUGGUUAUAAGAAUUGCGUUUUAGAAACAUAUGCUGAAGUAAAAACUCUUUGAAAUGAGUUUAAUUUAAAAUAA